ACAGGAACGAAACAGACAACUGCUGUCGGAAUAUCUGUCAUACACGAAAGCCAACAAUCUUCCUGAUUCAUGGAAAACAGGCGAGCAUCUUUUACAUUCAACUUUUCUUUCUGGUUGAGGUUGGAUAAUGAUUAAAUAGCAUACGUUUAGUGUAUAUAUCGUUAUUGCCAAUCUAAACAAAAAUCAUUAUAAGAGGUCCAUGCUGUAAACUGAGAAGAAUUCUUGAUGCAGCUGAGAGGAUUCGAUGAUGCUUCCGAGUCCAUUCACUACGACACCGUUUUCUGUGAAAGAUAUACUGAAUCUCGAGCAACAGUCGCAAGCAUUAAAUCUCGAGUCCCGCGACGCGUACUAUCAGUGGGAAAUUCAAGGGCAGCAGCACCAUUUUCAGUCGACUUCUUUGUGCAUGAUCGUGGCAGGGGAGAGCCCCGGCUUGUCGGAUGCAGAUGAAAGUAUGUCCUACUUGAAUUCGUUGCCCGAUCAAGAUAGCAGUCUUUCUUCAGAGGUUUACGUUCCCUCAGCGCUUGUCCACUCUACCGUCACCUCUUCAGUGGCGGAGGUCGAAGAUCAGGAAACCAAGAACUGCAGUAUGGUUACGAAAUCUCAGGAGUGUGAAGACGGUGGACACUCUGACUCGGAGAAACCACAAAAACAGAGGAACCGGCGGAAACCGAGGGUUCUCUUCUCGCAGGCCCAAGUAUUCGAACUAGAGAGGCGCUUCAAGGAGCAAAGAUACCUGUCGGCGCCGGAGAGGGAACACUUGGCCAGUGCUUUGAAACUGACUUCCACACAGGUAAAAAUUUGGUUCCAAAACCGAAGAUACAAAUGUAAGCGACAGCGCCAGGACAAAACACUGGACAUCUCAGGACAUCAACAUCCACCACCACCAAGACGUGUGGCUGUGCCAGUUUUGGUCCGAGAUGGCAAACCCUGCUUGGGGGGAUCACAGAACUACAACUCACAUUAUACAAUGGGAGCAAAUCCUUACAACUACAGUGGUUAUCCGGCAUAUACCUACAGCACUCCGCCGUACAACAACGGCUACAGCCGUACAUACUCCACUCUUUCCACUCUCCCCCCGACUACAGCCGCCAGCGCCUUCAUGAACAUGAACCUUAGCAAUAUUGCGAGUCUCAGUGCUUCAUCCCGGGCUCCAACACACCAAGGGACAGCCGUCUCAGCGUGUCAAGGAACACUGCAUGGAAUUCGUGCAUGGUAGAAAGCUUCCGACCAGAUGUCACCACAAGACCAGGAUCGAUGCUAAGGAAUUUGAAAUCGCUGCAGUAUUUCUAAAACAAAGUUAGGUGUUUUGAUAUCUGUUGGUUGGUUGAUAUCUGAAGACACUGCAAUUUGUCUCAACUGAAAAGUCAUCUGCUCUGUAUAUUUCUAAGUGUGUUUGGUGUUAUGUUAAGCAAGGAAAACGCUAAUACUAUCUGAUUACUUCAGAAAUGAUUAGAAAUCAGCGUCUCUAAAAACAAGAUAUACUAUUUAUUACAGGUAAAUCUGCAUAAAAGUUACACACUUCAUGGUUAAUACGUAUAUGCAAAACCAAUCUGAGUUUCCUAAUGUAAUGAGAAAAUAAACAGUUUAUAGGUAUGUAGCAUGAAUAUACUGUUUUUCGUAAUAUGAGGAGCAGA